CCCCACUUCUGAAACCUUCUCUCCCUAUAUAUAUUUCCCUCUCUCUCCAUACUCUCUCUUCCCCUGUUAUUUGGUUUUUGUUUUCUGUUUGGAAGAAAAGGAAAGAAAAGAAAAAACAAAAAAAGAAGAAGAAGAAAGUGCUCUGCAAUCAUGUUGGUUUACCAGGAUCUCAUCAGCGGUGACGAGCUUCUCUCAGACUCAUUCCCGUACAAGGAAAUCGAAAAUGGAAUGUUGUGGGAAGUAGAAGGAAAGUGGGUGGUUCAAGGAGGUGUAAAUGUAGAUAUUGGGGCUAAUCCUUCUGCUGAAGGUGGAGAUGAAGAUGAAGGUGUCGAUGACCAAGCUAAAAAGGUCGUUGAUAUUGUUGAUACUUUCAGGCUCCAGGAGCAACCUCCAUUUGACAAGAAGCAGUUUGUUGCAUUCGUGAAGAAGUACAUUAAGUUGCUGACACCUAAGCUGGAAGCAGACAAGCAAGAGUUGUUUAAGAAGAACAUUGAGGGAGCAACUAAGUUCCUUCUUUCAAAGCUCAGUGACCUACAAUUUUUUGUAGGGGAGAGCAUGCAUGAUGAUGGGACUAUGGUGUUUGCAUAUUAUAAAGAAGGUGCCACCGAUCCAACUUUUCUGUAUUUCAGCUAUGGACUGAACGAGGUGAAGUGCUAAGCUAAUGCAGUUAGCUCCAAACUGGAGGUGCUUGCUGUGUAGUUAAGUUACGAGUGUUUUUUCUUUUUGUUUUUUUUUUAACUUUUGGUCUCAUGGGGAGUAGAAGUAUUUUGAGAGCCAGUGGAUUAGUUGUUUUUGCAUUACAUAUAGUUUUAUGUUGACCUGAAUACGUACCCUUUGGUUGGGUUCAGUAAUAAAUUUAUAAAUUUAUAGUGAUUUUUGUGAAUGA